AUGGCUGAUACCGCUGAAGAGAAAGCUGCAAUGGCAGCUCGAAAUGAUCCAGAACAAGACCAGGAAUCCCUGGCAGAAGGAGCAUCAAUUCCGAGUUCUGCAAACCAAACUGAUGAACUUCAUGAUCCUAAUUUCAAAUCUGAAACCUUCCUUCACACUCUGGGCAAAACAGCUCAAGAGAGACGUGAAUCUAUACUUGCAAAUCAACAUGAAAAGGCUGAAUGGAAUGUUGAAACCUUUGACGAAUUCCAGAAACUAUCUGUCACCAACCAGAAAAUGGCAUGGACUUUGCACAAGAACAUUCUUCAGGACUAUUUGGCCCUAGCAGAGGACUCAAAUUCGAUACUGGCUGAAAAGGAUGAUGCCAUUCUCCAGUUACAGGAACUGAUCCAGAGCAACGAGCAACAAAUCACAGAGCAACAAACAAUUCAGAAAUAUCUUGAAAAGCAAACCCAACAAGCUCUGAAGAAUGAACCAGGACACCACUCUCACAGUCGACUGUCAGCUCGGAUUCCAGACCCUCCAAUCCUCACAGAUGGGAUAGAGCCAGCAUUUGAAGACUGGGUUGUGAAAAUUCACUGUCAUACUGACAUUCGUUGCACUCAGUUUGCUAUCAAACUCAAGAGCAAACUUGAAAUCUCCUCCUCAAACCUACAAGUCACUAUACAUAUUUUGGCUUAUCACACCAACAACAAGAGCAAUACUACUCAACGAUUGCUACAACCAUCUAUGAUUCAUUACACGUCAUCGCUCCUUAGUUACUGGGCCGAUAUUACCACAUAG